AUGACAGAUUUAAGUAAUUUAAACGAAAGAAUGAAAAAACAUGAUUCUACUGUAAAACAUAUUAAUAACAUAUUAAAUUUAGCUGUUUUGGGAAAAACAAAUAUUCUUUCUAUGUUGGACAGUGGUUAUAGAAGAGGUAUAGAGCUACACAAUGAAAAAGUUUCCAAUAAUAGAUAUAUUUUGAAUGUCAUCAUUAAUUGUGUUCGUUUUUGUGGCGCUUUUGAGUUAAGAGGUCAUAAUGAAAAUGAAACAUCUCUCAAUCCAGGAAUUUUUCGAGGCUUAGUAAAUUUUAGUGCGGAAUUAGAUAAUGUGUUGAAAAAUCAUUUGGAAAAUGCGACAGUUUUUAAAGGUACGUCUAAAACUAUUCAGAAUGAAAUAUUAAAAUGUAUGCUAGCUGUUUGUCAAAAAGAAAUAUCAUUAGAAAUUAAAAAGGCGGAUUAUUUUGCAAUAACAGCUGAUGAAACUACGGAUAUUAGUGCUGUUUUUCAAAUGGUAAUUGUUUAUCGCUAUAUUGUAAAUGAUAAGCUGGUAGAGAGAUUUUGGGAAUUUUUAAAUCCUAAAGAAAAUAAUGCUAAAGCUUUAUCUGAGUGUAUUAAAGAACAGCUUGAUAGAAAAAGAAACAGAUAA